AAGUAUAUAAAACGGAAUGAGAUGACAUUUUGUCUAGUUUCUCUGAAACCACCAUGGGUUUCAAGUCAGUUCUCCUUGUUACGCUGGGCUCUUUGCUCUCUUUCUGCUCAACAGCAGAUGUAAACAAGCACUUCUUUCCACCAAAUUUCAAGAUUGGAGUGGCUAAUGCUGCAGCCCAGAUUGAAGGAGCGUGGAAUGAAGAUGGUAAAGGCGAGACCAUCUGGGACAGGUUCGCCAUGAGUCGCCCAGAAAGGAUCUUCGAUCAUUCAUCUCCGCAAGUGGCUGCUGAUUCUUACCAUAAGUGGAGAGAAGAUGUCGAAAUGGUUAAAGAGAUGGGCGUGGACCAUUACAGGCUCUCAAUAGCUUGGGCAAGAAUCUACCCAGAUGGUUACAAGACAGAAGAACCUAACGCCAGGGGUGUAGCAUACUACAAAAACCUACUUAGGUCAUUGAGAGCAUUGGGCAUUGAACCAAUGGUCACCCUCUACCACUGGGACUUACCACAGAAGUUGCAGGAUGAUUUUGGAGGAUGGCUGAGCCCUAAAAUUGUCGAUAUAUUUGCAGACUAUGCCAGAACUUGCUUUGAGCUGUUUGGCAAUGAAGUAAAAUGGUGGAUUACAAUCAAUGAGCCCAAACAGAUCUGCGAAGCUGGAUAUGGAACAGGAGGCUUUGCACCAGGCAUCUAUAGUCCAGGAGUAGGAAGCUAUAAAUGUGCCAAAAACGUACUUUUAGCCCAUGCUAAAGCAUACCACAUUUAUGACAAAGAAUUCAGACAAAAGAACCAAGGAAAAGUCGCAAUUGUGAUUGACAGUAACUGGUUCGAACCUGCUUCUGCUAAACCCGAAGACAAAGAAGCAUCUGAAAGGGCACUACAAUUCUCAUAUGGCCUGUACGGCAACCCAGUAUUCAACGGCGACUGGCCCGCAGUAGUCAAAGAAAGGGUUGCUCAACGUAGCAAGCAAGCAGGUCUGAAGAAAUCUCGUCUACCAGCCCUUACCAAGGAAGAAAUCAAACUAAUCAAAGGCACCCAUGAUUUCCUGUGCAUCAACCACUACACCUCGCACAUGGUCAGUGCUUGGAAUGAACGGCCUUUUAGCGACACUAGCUUUGCAGCUGAUAUUGGGGUCAAUGAUUGGAUGCCCAAGGAGUGGCCCAGGGGAGGAGAAGGUUGGUUCUCGGCUUAACGCCAUGUAAACCACGAUUCAAAAGAAUUCGUUCGAAGCAAUUGAUUGUAUGCGAGAUAUAAAAGUCAAUCUACUUGACACAAGGUUUAUUCGGAAGCCUGCUUCGUUAAAUUUACUGAAGAUACAUAAAAGUUUAUAUUGAACCUUUUUCAAGGUUUGGGCUCCCGGAAUGAGAAAACUGUUGAACUGGUUGAAGAACACCUACUAUACAACAAUCCAGAGAUCGUGAUAACGGAGAACGGUUUAUCUGAUAAUACAGGGACUCUGGAGGAUGACCACAGAAUUAACUACUACAGGGACUAUCUAAGUAACUGUUUGGAUGCGAUCUAUAUUGACAACGUGAACCUGACAGCAUAUACUGCUUGGAGUAUCUUAGAUGACUGGGAAUGGAGAACUGGAUACCACUCCUUAAUUGGAAUGUACAAAGUAGACUUCAACGACCCCAACAGGGCUAGGAUUCCUAAGAAGUCUGCUGCAUACUUCACCCAAAUCGCCAAGAACCGCUGCCUGGCAGAAAAUCCUGCAGAAUGUAUACAUUAAGCAAAAAAUAAAUAUAAACUGUAAUCACAUAACUUUUUGAGUAUUAUUUACUUAUCUAUCAGCGACCCAUCAACAUUUUUGGAAUACUGGCAUCAAUUUUGUCUUAUUCUUACGCUUUGAAAAAAUCCCAAAACACUAGGAAUGUCAAUAUAUCAUAUA